AGAUGAAUAUAUCAUGGAAACUAAUAUCCAUCAUAUGUGUAUACCUAUGCGUGUUCCAACUGGACGACGCAUCGAACUAUUACCUAGGAAAUGCUGCUAUAACACCAAUAUAUGCCAUUUCUACCAGGAUUCCAUCGCAAUCAACAGCCUUCUUGAAGUCACAAGACCCUAGAAACACAAAAAAGUGGUAUUCAGCCAUUGAAGUAACAAAUAAAGAGCCAUUCAUCAAAAAUAUCAACUAUUACAACCAGUUCCCCAAAUUCGUAGAAGGAAGCUAUGCCUUCAAAGAGGUACACAUAAACCAAGAGAUCACGGAUAAAAAAGUAUUGUCACAACAGCAGGUAAUUAAUCUAAUAAGCGCCCUGGGAAAUGUGAAAACAUGUAUUCUAAACCCAAAAGGUGAACUAAAACUCACAUAUCACCAAGAGAUCAACAAAGAAACUACAAAUGCAACACUUUUAAAGGAUAUAUCAUGCAUAUCCAACUACUCACUAGGAAUGGUUACAUACAACGAAGUGGAUAAUAGAGAUCUACCUGACCGGAACAUAGAUCUCGAUGAAGAGGAUAGCGUAGAAACACUGCUGGAUGACAUAGGGUAUAUACACCCAGAAAAAUACCGAGCUGAAUUUGUAGAAGAUUUUAAUGCAUUACUCAUUAAAGGAAAUAUUAAAAACCAUUGGAUAGAACCAAUAGGAUGGAAAUAUGUACCAUGCCACCAGCAAACAACAGUAUACGCAAAAGUAGAACCAUCGGAUAUAUACAUCAGCUGGCAGUUUAAAAUGCUACCAGGACAUAAACCAUUAAUAAUUAAUCAGGGGUCAUUUAAACUAAGAGCUGUGCGCAAAAGACGGAAAACGCCCGUCAAUGGAACUAAUAUAGCAAUUGACUCAUGGCCAUUGGCUACAUGCAGGAUAUUUACAAUCGAACCCCCAAGACUCGAACUUUAUGGAUAUAGUGAAAUCCAAAGGGCACAAUUAGCACACCAAAAUCGAUAUAGAAUACCAACAAUAGCUGCAAACACACCAAUGUUAGAUAUACAUAAACCACAAUUCAUCAAAGUAUCUGGAAAUGGAAGAUUAAAGUUUCAUAUAUUGCUGAAAAUAAUGCAAAUUCUAAACUCGGAAUUCAGGACCCAGCAACAAGAUAAUAUGUUGCACCAAACAGACUUGAAUACUGGAGUGGUAACACCGAAUUUUAGACCGCUCUGGGUACGAAUACUUAGUAUUAUGCUCAACGGCAAGUACUUCAAAUAUAUACCACUAAUGGUAUUCCACGACGUAAUAUCGAAAAAAUAUCAUCUAUGUACCAGGGAUAUCAACGUAGACCCAAUAGAUAACCCUGUAUUAUGGAACCCUUGGCAAAGGGGAUAUGCCAUUAUAAACGCCGAACUUGUACCCAAAACGUACCAAGGAAGCAUGUUUAUUGAUACUCUUGAUGUACAUAUAACAGAAACGCAUAUAAAGCAACUACUAAUGGCAUACAGACCAUUGGAACACUUGGAUAUAGCCGGAUAUUAUACCGGAGUAUCCAACCCAGACAAAAAAGCUAUACAACGAAUCAUACAUAUAGAACCAGAAAAACAACUAGCAGUUAAUAUCGUAUAUUGAU